GGCCCAUCGCUCACCGCAAUAAUAUAGAUAGAGGAGAUCUGCCGAUUGCACCAGCCACAAACUCUAGGUUUUAUAGACUAGGCUAAAAAAUGAGUUUUUGAUUCUUUUCGUUGUCUACGUAUCUUUCCGUUUCUCCUUGGCAUCUGAUUUUUUCAAGCAUCCUUUCCGGGAAGUUGCAGAGCUUGACCGAACUCCUCCGACUUCCCUCUCGCCCUUCGGGUGAUUACUACUUGUUAUCCCAUCCCGGAGUUUAACAUUCAGAAGAUUGUGAAACUGCAUAGUCUUAUGUAGCUUAGAUAUACCAGUGCCGGAAUCAAGACCAAUUUUAUAAAUUUAAUCAAGGAGUUGCUAUUGAUUAUAAGUUUGAAGUCAUGCCUGUAUCAGGAAAUGAAGAGACUGGGGUGAAACCCAUUUCCAGGCAAGCUAGUGAUUACAUCGCUGGUGUUCCUAUAAAGAAGAGGAGGUUCCCAUUGCCAUGUCUAUCUCCACCUCCAUCUAAAGAACCGAUUCCUUUCGCAGCAGAAAACGAUUCAUUAAAGGAGCAAUCCGAUUUGAUGCAGAUGGAGCAAUCCGAUUUGAUGCAGGAGGAGCAAUCUGAUUCACUAAAAAAGAAACAAUCUGAUUCGCUACAAAAGGAACAAUCUAGCCCAUCUUGGGGGUCCACUAUAUCAACUGCUAGUGCUGCAACAUGUUAUUCUGGUAUAUCUGAUGCACACAAGAAACCUGUAUCUGAGGAGCCCAAAGGAAAUUCUGAUCAUAUUAAUGUUACUCUGUUCCCUAACUACUCUAGAGUCAAACUCGAAGAACCAUGCCUAAGAAUUCACUCUGGUUCUGUGGGUAACAUCGAUUGCAAAGAUAAGCUUGUUGCAACCAAGAACUCUGAAUUGCCAAUAACAUUGGCAAAAGCGAAGUUGAAGGUAGCACCAAAUGAAGCUCUUGUGCUUCCUAUGGGCAAAGAGACAUGUAGCAAUGAAAAAUCUGAAGGCAGGUGUAAAGCAGAAAUUCCUGCUAUUCCAGGGAAUAUUGAACUGACAUUAGGAUUAAAGGAACAUCUUUUUCCAGCAUUGGCAGGUCAAAAAGGUGAUGGAACGGGCCAGAAAAAAGAUAGUUUAGAACCCGAUUCUCUGAAUUUAUCUUUGAGCAACGCAAAUAGCAGUCUCCAGUGGAAAAAGGAUGAUAUUGAGUUGAAUAAUGGUGUACAGCUGUGUGCUAAUAGGGCAAACUGGGAUCUGAAUGUUUUGAUGGAUGCAUGGCAAUGUUCUGCCAGUGAUGCAGCUGCAGAUCAGGUAUCUGUUGAUGACUUCAAUCCAACUGAUCGUACUCAUGAUAUAAAACCUUUCAUAUGCUCAACUGGGAUGAUUGGCACUGGUUCAUCUUCUGGGAUGAUUGGCACUGCUUCAUCUUCUGAACACAAUAGCGUGAGUGAGAACAGAGCUAAUUUUGACUUAUCAUCCAAACUGUCUGGCCAACAAAAUGAAAUUAUUGACUCGCUUCAUUUAGGCCUUAGUCCAACUUCUUUUCAGUCACAGGUGAGCCAGGAACCUUCCUGCUUAUCUGCCAAAGAAGAUUUUGGCAGGGUUUUUCCCAAUAUAAGCUUGCCUAGAUUGAAGGCAUCAACUAGCAAUUUGGACAGAGUUAAUCAUAGGACCGUGAAAUCAGAACCAUUUGAUGAGAGCAUCAAGUUAGAUAAUAUUGGAACUAAAGGUUAUAGUAUGGGACUAUUAAACAGUAGAACACUAAAGCAUGAAUUAGUUGACUGCAAUCUUGCCAAGUCUUCAAAUAUUAGCGCCUUGAAAUUAGGUGGUCCUGAAUCCAUUAAAACAGAACCAGUACAUGAGGAUAGACAAGCACUCAAUAAAAUAGAGGGGACAUCGCGGGUAGACAAACAAGUGCUACAGGGUUUUAGUAAUCAUUCUAUUGCCAUGCCAUCAUCCGGAACUGCACCAAUGUCCUGCACUGCAGUUGAGCCUUCUUGUUCUACAGAGUUGACUAUAGCCGGUGAUGUAGCAAACAACUUUGAACAUUCUAGGUGCACUGAAGGUAAUGGGGAGGUGGUGCCUCAAGAAGCUUGUGAAAGCACUCAGCUGGUUGCUUCAGAAACAGUUGAUACAGAUGUGGGUCAUAAUGGUAAAGAAUCAAAUACUUCUGUGAUGAUUGAUAAUGUAAGAGCUGAAGAUGGAAUUAGUGAUGAACCUGAGCAGUGCAGAUUACAAUGCAUGAAUGACCACCUCCCUGAUAUGCCGGUUGGUGAAGAUUCAGUAAGUGAUGAGGAGAAGAUCGAAAUAUCAGCUGAUAUGUUAGAAGAUUCUUAUAGUUCUGAUUAUGAGUCGGAUGGGAAUCAUCCUUUAGCUAGGGCUAUGGAUACGAAACAAGAUGGUGAAGAAGACGACUAUGAAGAUGGUGAGGUCCGAGAACCUUUAAUGGAUAAUGCAGUAGAGGAGCCUAUAUGUGAGAAAGAAGCUGAACAUGUUGAUCAUGGUGACUCUGACAAUAGAAAGAUGGACAUUAUUGGACAAGAUGGUGAUUAUCAUGCUACUCCAUCUCAUGUUGAGGUAAAAGACUUUAAAACAGAAGAUCCUGAUGAAACAAACAACAAAGAUAAUAACAAUAAUGAUGAUAGAGUGGAGGGGGUGUCCAGCAGCAGUGCUGAUAAACUUACAUGCUCGCAAGAAUCACCGACUGUUGAAAAGCUGAGUGGAGCUGGCAUGAAGAGGCCAAUUAAUGACAUUCAAGGAAAGCCAUGUGAUCAAUUGGGUAGUAAAGAUUGCUUGAAGGAACAGGAGAUAGAAUCAUCGUCUGAACAAACUUCUAGAGGAAACCAAGAAGCUGUGGCCACUGUAGAUGAGAAUGUUAAAAAAAUCCUCAUGCUGGAAAAGAAUGAUACAGCUCUGCAAAAGAUGGAAGCAUCUACAGAUGGUGAUGAUGUGGCUAACGACGUCAACAAUGGCGGUAUUAGGAGCCGUAUUAUAAAUUUGUCUCGAGCUUCUCAUGGGUUAUCUCCUGGUAAAACAAGACCUAUUUCUGCCAGAUCAUUGCCAUCACGAGCUGGAAGGGAGAUACCUGAUGUAGUACUUGAGGGAGAAAACUUACAUCCCCAAGGGAGAGAUGAAUGUUACAUGGAUGGCUCCCACAGAUUUUCACGAGAGAGGCACCAAGAUAACUCACCCAGAAAUUCUAGGUUAAAUUUUAUGCGUGGAAGAGGGAGGAUCCCUAGUCGGUUAGACACUUUACAUGGUGACUGGGAUUCUGACCAUGGCUUCAAUUCAGGAUUUUAUAAUGGGACAACGGAGUUUCGUGUCCCCAGACAUAAAUAUGCAUCUGCUGUCCCUGACUCUGACCUUGAAUAUAAUAGUUAUAAUAUUGCACCAGAAGGUUCAUUUUUUGGCACUGGUCGGGGAAGGAGGAAGCAUUUAAAUGAUGACUUUUUUCGCCGUAUUCCACCAAGAAGACAAUCUUCAGGUGGGAGAGACAUACCUGCUGCACGUGGUGGUGGUCAAAUGAUUCGCAGAGUUACUAGAAAUGUGAGUCCAGGUAGAUGUGUUGAUGAAGAUGGGUCGGAAGUGGUUGGACCUAGGCAUAGUGAGAAGUUUGUAAGGGUUUUUACUGAUGAUACAAUGGAACCAAUGUUCACACGUCCUCAACCUGCCUAUGAAGGAGUAAGUGGCCAUUUUGCACGAGGUACUAGAAACUUUUCUUCUGUUCAGAGAAGGGGUCUUCCCCGAAUGCAUUCAAAAUCUCCGAUAAGAUCCAGAUCUCGUUCUCCUGUCCAGUGGUCGUCUCCAAGGAGAAGAUCCCAAGAUGGUUUUGGUGGACCUCCAGAAUUGAUUCAUCGACGAUCUCCUCCAAUUUAUAGGAUGGAGAGGAUGAGAUCUCCAGAUCUCCCUUGUUUCACUGGAGACCUUAUGGUCAGAAGGCAUGGCUCCCCACCGUAUUUGCCACGAUCAUCUAAUGAUUUAAGGGAUAUGGAUUCUGGACGGGACAAUGGUCAUCCAAGAUCUGUAAUUCCGAAUAGGAGCCAAUCUGGUCGGAUUUUACUCAGAAACCGGCAAUUUGAUGCUAUAAAUCCCCGAGAAAAAACAGGCAGUGAUGAGUAUUGUGGGGGCCCAAUGAAUACCGGUCGGUUGCAUGAGCUUAGUGGUGAUGUGAAUGGUGAUGAUAGAAGAAGGUUUGGUGGGAGACGUGGACCUGUCCGUUCAUUUAGGCCUCCUUAUAAUGAUGCUAAUGGUGAUGGUUUUCAUCUUAAUUCAGAGGAUGGCCCCAGGCCUUUUAGGUUUUAUCCAGAAGAUGAUUCAGAAUUCCAUCAAAGAGGCAAUAUGAGGGAUCGGGGGUUUGACCGAAGGAUUAAGAAUCAGCCAGGAAAUGCACAUAGAAGAACAAGAAGCAUUGAAGAGCAGGAAGUAAAUUACAGGCGUGGGGAGCAGGUGUGGCAGGAUGAUGGAUUUGAUGAGAUCUCUCAUGUGAAGAGGAAAAGAUUUUGAUUUUGAUUUUGAUCCUGCCAUGAGUUGAUAUUUCAGAUGCUAGUGGAGAUGGAAACUUGCAGUCUCUAACCAGCGACAUUUUACUAGCACUAAGGGCAAAGGACUUGCUACCCUAUUUGCAGUUUUAAGCUGUGAAAGUAACUUCAGAUGCAGGCUCUGCUUUUUGGUUACUUGUGGUUCUGUACUGCUUGAUGUCAUGCACAUAGCUCAGUUCCUAUGGUACCAUGGUUGCUAAAUCAUCUUUUAACUCGUAUAAUCUUGUAUUUCAUAAAUUAAGGUGGUGCAUUAUGUACUUGCUGAAGUGUUUCGCUAAAUCUUCAGUGGAUCUCCUAAAGUUUCUCAAAGUAUCUUCAACUCUUUGAUUUGGGUGCUUGGUUGGCCAGAGCAGGUAUGCCAGAAGGAACUAGUAGAACUUUGAAUGAAUCUUUAAAUCAUGAAAGAAUAAUCAAUAAAGUUGCUAAUUACCUAUUUUUUGA